ACUGCAAUCUCACGAACAUCGAAUAUGACGCUUACUUCACCCCGGCGCAGCCUCCUCGGUUCCGCGCUAUGCCAACGUGAAAGGAUGUCGGGAAGGCUGGUCGCUUGAGCUAGCCUUGGUGUGUUGGUGUAACGAUGGAGGACGACUACGUGUGUGAGUACGACUCGACCUGGGACACGGAGAGUGAUGGAGAAGAGCAGACCGUGGGGAGACCAACCCGUCGACAAGAUAAAAACAAACCCUGGGCGUUGCCAUGGCCGCAUACGUCCAGGAAUAUGAGGGCAGCAAAGGACAUGCAAAACUACAGGCGAGGGUAUCCAAAUCUUACAGAUGAUGAGUGUUCAGAAGACAAAAUGAACAAUUUGAAGUUUUAUCUAAACCAGUUUCCCUCAGCUCCUGAUGAUGUCUUCAUUGAAACUUUUCAUAAAGAAUGGAAGACUGACUACAAGAAGCUUGAGAGGGUGCAUUCCUACAUCCAAUGGCUGUUUCCAUUAAGGGAACCAGGAGUGAACUACAUGGCUUCAGAACUUACGAAGAAGGAGAUUGAGGCAUUUAAAAAGAACGACGAGGCCAAGGGGAGACUGGUCGAGUCCUAUGAACUUAUGCUGGGGUUUUAUGGCAUCCAGUUGGUCAACAGAGAGACGGGCGAAGUCAAACGUGCUGACAACUCGAAGGAACGCUUUGGAAACCUUGAGAGGAACAUGCACAACAACCUCCGCAUCACACGCAUCCUGAAGAGUCUGGGCGAGCUGGGCUUCGACCACUACCAGGCCCCGCUGGUGCGCUUCUUCCUGGAGGAGACGCUGGUCAAGAAGAGCCUCGGCAGCAUCAAGCGCAGCGUGCUGGACUACUUCCUGUUCGCCGUGCUGGACAAGCAGAAGCGCCAGGAGCUGGUGCGCUACGCCUAUCAGAACUUUGAGCCCAAGGACAAGUUUGUUUGGUGCCCGCGGAAGAUCCUCAAGCAGUUCAAAAGAGCGGAGAAGAAGCCUGACGCAGUGGGGAUCGGCGACGGGAAGGAGGAUCACUCAUCCCGGGGGAAAGGCAAGGACGGGGAGGCAGCCGGCGGUGCCCAGAAGGAGGAGGCGGCGGCGGCGGCGAGAGCUGAUGGCACUGCAGACACUCAGAAGAGCGAGCAGACGACGAGUGGAGACAAAACCAAGCCGUAUGGAGCGGAGUCUAAGCCGGAAGCCGGGACUCUUGAAAACGGGAAUGCCAAGGUUUUGUUAGUAGACAACCAUAACGGUUGUGACACGGUCGAGGAUGAGGAUGCUGGGAAUGUUGAUGAUGAUGAUGAAGAUGACGGUGGGGAUGACGACGACAAUGUUGAUGAUGAAAUGGACCAGUCAGUAAGUCCUGAUCCUGUUACAAAUGUAGUCCCGGACAGCAGGGACCCCAGUUCAUCAAAGGACAUCACACCAGAGACGGUCAGUGUUAUAGAGUCUGAGAGGAAGACGAAGGAUGAGGGGGAGGACGGCAAGGUGCUGCAAAGCAGUACUCUAGCAGUGGACUCGGCCAAUGGGCAGAUGGAGGAGAAAUCAUCAGUCACCAACGCUCUUCCCAUGCACACAAGCCCGUCAGCAGGCCCCAAGACAAAGCCAGAGGGCUCCUCUAAGUCCUCACCCUCUCGGCCCUCUGGGAGGGAGGAGAAGAUCCCCAGGACUGACUUUGGGACAGAGGAGGGCAGGAAAGCUGCGGAGGUGUCGAGCGAGUCAUUGCUUAGUGUGAAUAAACACACUGAUGAACAGACUAAUGGGAAGGGCUGUGAGGCCAUGGACGUUGAUUCAAACCAGCCCACCGCAGGCCAGGACGGGAACUCAUGAAUAAAGACGACUGGUGGACAUUAGGUUGUUUCAAUGACAAUCGCUUAGUUGAGCUUAAAUUAAAUCAAAUCAAAUGAAGUGAAAUGAUAUAUAUUAAGGUUUUUUCUAGCCUUACGUUUUCCUUUUUUAAGGGGCGAUUGUUUCUUUGUUUAAAAAAAAUAAAUAGAUACUGUUGCUACAUGGCUGUCCUACAAGUUCCAACCAAGAGACCAAUCACUGGGACAACAGUAAUAAUAAUAACUACUAUUUGACACCCCUACAAAAUAAUUGGUAUUAUAGUUAUUAUUCGUUAAAUGUCGUUUUCCCUAAAAGAAGAAUAAUUUUGAAUGAAAUUAAAAAAGGUGUAUUUAAGUUCAGUACUUUUGCAACUGAAGACAGUUAUUUGCACUGAUAUGUUUAGCAGAUUAAUUGAACUGUACUUUAUUUGAUUGAGACAUCACAAGAUAUGUAUUUCUGUUGAACCCGCUGUCGAAUGGGGAAAAUAAUUGAAUGUCAUUCCCCUUAGAAUGUUACACAAUUGAUAUGUUUUGUUGCACAGUUGGGGAGCAAAAAUUAACACUUUGCCAAAAAUAUAAUAGACUGGUUGAUUGUAUGUUUUGGCAGUGUAUGCAAUGCUUUGGUUGAAAUUUCAGUAUGUUGUAUAUUAAUGCUACGUGGCUGGCUGGCUAUUAAUGAUUUUAUUAACUUUAUAAAGAAUAGUCUAUGAGAUGUUUUGCCAAAGCCAAAAUCUAUUCUUAGUUAAUUAAUUGCAAUUCUCAGGAAAAUCCUGCAGUAGAUAUCAGCUUUUGUUACAUUUACAUUUUACUUGGUUAAUGACAUGGAAUGCAUCUCAGGAUUAGCGUGACAUUCAACGAGAAUCCUAGAAUCCAUCUGAAGUGCAGAAGUCUGAGUGGGAAAUGACUCUUUAAAACUAAUUCAAAGAGAUUCUUGACGUUCGUCAGGGCACUAUCCUGAACACCUUUCCUGUUGAAUAAUUAAAAAAUAAAAUGUUUUAAGAAUUUGUA